GAGUCGCAUGAGUUACACUUACUGCCAGCACUAGUACGCGAGCGAACGGGAACCCCGUGACGCGGCGUCCACGUCGGGCAUGUGGGCCCGCGACGGCGUCCACGUCGGCACCCUCUCUCCCUCCCUCCGUUUCAAAUUUUUCCUUCCGUUCUCCGGUUGGCCGCGCCCCGUGCGUAUAUAUAACAGGCUCCCUCCUCUCGCUGGCUCCGAGGAAUUCUUCUUGCGGAUGCGAUAGCCGGCGAACUGACCCGUCCCGGAGGCGAGAGUUUCUCUCCUCGACGCCGGAUUGGUCCCUUCCCGGAAUCGGGGAGAGUUUUUGUACCGGGGGUGUCAUUUCCGGGGAACGCGCCACAGGUGCUCGACGGAAUUCCGACAUGCCGAGCGGGGGCAGGCGGCUGCCUCCAUGGACGUCGCCGAGGGGCGUGGCAGAGGCGGUACCUCAGAGGUGGAGCCCCUCCCCGGCUGGCGCUGCUGGUUCCGGGAACCAUGUCAGUCCGCCCAUGAGCGCCGGCUGCUGCUCCUACCACGUCACCCUGCCGGUUAGCAGCGGCGGGUGCUCCCGGCCGCCGAGGGCGCCCAAGGCGGUCGAUUCCCCGUACUUGAGGGCGAAGCAGGCGCAGUUAAUUGAAAAGGAUCCAAACAAGGCAGUUCCAUUGUUCUGGGCAGCUAUUAACAGUGGUGAACGAAUUGAGAGUGCACUGAAGGAUAUGGCUACUGUACUGAAACAAGCAAAUCGGGCUGAAGAAGCCAUCGAAGCGAUAAGAUCCUUCCGUGACCGUUGUCCGAAUGAAGCUCAGGAGUCUCUUGACAAUAUUCUUCUUGACCUAUACAAGAAAUGCGGUAGGACAAAAGAACAGAUCGAAAUGCUGACAGUGAAGCUGAGAAUGGUUGAUGAAGAUCUAGCUUCUGGCCGGUGGAAAGCAAAGCUGUCUAAAUCUCAUGGAAGAGUAGUCUAUCUCUAUCUGAGGGAUGAAAAGGCAAGGUUGUUGGGUAACCUCGCCUGGGCCUAUAUGCAGUCAGAAAACUAUGAGGAGGCUGAAAUGCUCUACAGGCAAGCUCUUGCUAUGGAAGCUGAUUAUAACAAAGAGUGUAAUUUAGGCAUCUGCUUGAUGAAGAUGGGAAAGGUAGCUGAAGCUAAAUACCUUCUCCAACCUAUACCUUACAACUGCAAUGAUGAAAACCAUGUGAAAUCUUUUGCACGGGCUACUGAAAUGCUUAGGGAACUUGAGUCACAAGCACUCCCUUCUCCCGUAACUCAGAUGAAGUCUAAAGAUUCACAGAUUUUACUUGCUGCUGAUGUGGAGAGUCUUGAAUAUCCACAUCCACAAAUAUUCUCUAGUUCUUCAGCUCAACUGAAUUAUGAAGAACUGCAAGCUUCAGUUUUGGUGGAUACAGAGAAGAGUGAGGAUUGUAACUCACAAGCGCUUCCAUCUCCAAUAACUCAGUUGAUGCGUAAAGGACCACAAAUCAUGGUUGCUACUGAUGGAGAGAAGAAUGGACAAAAUCUGCAGGAGUACCAUGAUCUUUCAAGACUGUUCAAUGAUGCUGCCACACCACAGUCUCAACUCGAGAAACUACGAAAGCGGCUGGUAAGAAAGGACAGACCAAAUAUCAGCACACAGAAUCAUGUUCAAACUCCUAGCUCAGCUGAAUGCCUGCCAAACACUAAUGGCAUCAUCGAUGCUAGUGAGAAUCCUGUGCAAGAGGGGAAGUGUUUGGUUGAUGGUGAUAGAAAAAUGUGGUCUGACAUAGUGGAGGAGGAUGAACAGCAACUGGGGCGCGAUUGCAAGAACACUACGUCACAUGGUGGGAGCAGCAAGGAUGCAAGUGAGCAGAGGAAUAAAACAUCAUCAUCUUCUCAAGGAGGAAGCAGCAGCCUCAAAACCCCUGUUGCAAGUGUUCGGCUACAAAGUUCAUCUGCAGGUUCAUGGAGACGCAAUGACUCCAGAAUCUCGGCGGAUGAGAACGUGAACCGGAAUUUCGUCAGGACAGCUCCAGCAUGGAAGCAGCAGAAGGUUCAUGAUCACAGCAAUCAAGUCUGUCAAAUGCUCAACAGGAUGCAUCUCAACGAGAAAGCUCAAGGCACCAAGCAAACACCAUGGAGAAGCAGUACAGCUCAGCGUUCACUUUUCCACGGUCAUGUACCGUUCGGUGACAAUGGACACUCUCAGGGUGCCAAUCACACCGAGGCCGCUAGCCGCUGGCCUAAGAACGCGGGGAGCACAAGACCGUGGAGGCCGCAGAACCGUUUGCGGGUCUUCCAGGAAAUCACAAAUGAGAUGAAGCAAAAUGUUGCAUAGCUUCAUCUUUAUUCUUCACUCGCUGUACUAUUAGUAAGUACUCCAUAUUGUUGUUAUUACUAUCUCUGGUGGAGUAGUUGUUGUUUGCCACCAGAGAUGAGAAGAGCAUUAGCAUUGGAGUACCGACGGGCUCGAAGCAAUCAAUGCAAUAAUCAUGUAGAGUUAAGGAACUCCACUGAAUAUCGUCAAUGGUCCAUAUCAUUCUUAGGCCUUGUUUGUUUCAUAAGUCCAUGGACUUUUUUAAGUCCCAACUUAUAAGUCAUAA